AUGCGUACGAUCGCGGUUAUCGGUAUCCUCGGCCUAUUGGCCACAGUGUCCCAAGCAAGAAGCCAUGACUUCUUAACGAGAUCCCUUAACGAGUGUAUUGGUGCGGACUCGUGGUUGGAUUGCCUGAAGCAUGAAGUAUUGGGCUAUCUCGACGACAAGCUUGGAACGACUACUGCAGCAAGAUCGCUCGAUACCCUUGACGAAGCUAUUGUAGCGCGCACGUUCAAGUACUUCAAGAGCUUCGAGUAUGGAGUCGAUCUGCCGUUCGUCGACGCUCAGCUUAAAUACCGGCCGGCAAGGAGCUUGGCUGACUUGGAUGUUGAGUUUAAAGACAACGAAAUUGCCACACAUCAAGCUAGAGGUAUCCUCAAGAAGAAGCUACUGUUGCCGGUAUUGUUACUGCUGAAACUGAAGCUGAAGGCGCUCAUGCCGAUUUUCGUUGCCAUUAUCGGUCUGAAGGCUAUGAAAGCUCUGGUGCUAUCUAAGCUGGCAAUUAUCCUUGUCGUUGGAUUUAUUGCGUUCCAAUUCUUAAAGAAAGGCGGCAUGACUCCACCCAUGGGCAUGACAAUGGAUCCAGUGCCGCAGUACGGUGCCCCACCAGUAUCGUCAACAACGUCAGGUUACGAGCCACCAAACACGUGGGACGGCAAUGGUCCUUACUCUCGUGUAUGGACGCCCAGCAGUGGUAUCGAAUCGCAAAAUCUCGCCUACAGUUACUACUCUCCGAGCAGUAGCUCAAGCUCGUACGGCUCACCUUCAAGCUCAUCCUCGUCAUCAUCGUCGUCCGGCUCAUCUUCAGUUUCUAUCACUGGCAGUUCGAGCACUUCUACAAAUUAUUAG